AUGGUGCUAUCUGCGGUGGUUGUUGUGCGAUUUUUUGCGCAACAACUUUUGGAGCAUGGUGCAAUCAGAUCAGAGACCUUUGGUGCGGGCAACGGCCGUGAUUCGUGUUGCGGUGGCCCUCGCGGAUGCUGUCACUCUUGCUUUUCUGGAGGUUUCGACGAAGACUCAUGGGACAAGAAAGAUGCCGCAGACCGAAACAGAGCUCAGGCUGAAGCAAGUUCAUCCCAACCGGCUCCAACUCCUCAAAUGGAUCCUACCACUCCACCUGUGAAUAGUUCCCAGGCAAAGUAG